AAAAACAAUUAAUUGCGUUGCACGCUUAAUAGUGUAAACAGUUUUUUAAACGCAAUAAUCGUCAGAAGUUUUUCUCAUUUUCAUAUUUUCAUAUGUUUAGUGAUGUAAUUAAUACGAUUUUUGUUGUUUUCUCUUGUUGUUUUUUUGUUCGAUGCAUAAAUUGUGUCCCACAAGUUGAUUGACAUCGUCAAGCAUUAGGACUAAUUUGGCCAUCAAAAGUGAUCAAGUUCAGUUUUUUGGCGCCCAUUAGCAUUUCCCGUAUAAGCAGCUUUACUACGCACACAUACAUACACACACACACACACACACACACACACACAAAUCAUUAUGUUCAUAUUGCACAUGGGCACAUUUUUUGGCAAGAUCAACGUUUGUUAUUGCAAUCGAAAAACAUUAGAGAAAAGUGAUGUUUAGUGGUUGAUGUCGGUGUCGGUGGCAUAGUGUCUAACAUAUACAUACAGUUCACAGAUAAUGCCUUCUUGCCUAAUUUAUUAUUAAAAAAAUAUAUAAAUGAUAAACGCAAAAGCACCUGCUCAUCACCGCGUCGCUUUGUGUUUUAUUGUUUUUGAACUUACGCUUUCACUAUUUUUAAGUCCGAUGGAAUGCUUCGUUCGCAUGGGCUUGCGGCGUAUUAGUGGGCCAUCCUCUGGACACGAUCAAGACGUGGCAGCAGGCUUCGAAUUCUAACGUCUUUACUGCUACUAAGCAAAUCUACGUUCGCAAUAAUGGAAUUAAAGGCUUCUAUCGUGGCAUGUUCUUUCCGUUUGUUACCACUGGUGCCAUCAACUCAAUACUGUUUGGUGUCUAUGGAAAUCAUAUGCGUCAACUGAGGCGAGUCUGUCACAGUGACUAUCAGCGUGAACAAUUGGAAUACAAACACAUGUUUCUUGCUGGCUCCAUAGCCGGGUUUGUGCAAUCAUUCAUAGCCUGUCCAAUUGAAUUGGUGAAAGUACGAUUACAGACACAAUUCUAUUACAAUGAAUACGUGAUGGGGCAACGGCGAACACCGUUUAACACAUUCAAAAGAAUCUUGAAAAGCGACGGUAUAUCGGGUAUAUAUAGAGGCUUAUUGCCAAUGAUGUGUCGUGAUGUUUUCCCUUACGGCAUUUAUAUGCUCGCCUAUCGUCACACAACAAAAUUUUUAGACAGUACACCGUUUGUCCAACAACGUCGUGAAGGUCGCAAAAAAGACGAGUCGCAAGUGGAUCUAAUUGUUACCACAUUGGCUGGAGCUUGGGCCGGUAUACUCUCCUGGGUAUGUGUUAUACCGUUCGAUGUGGUCAAGACAAUAAUGCAGGCCGAAGAAAAUCGUCAAUAUCGUUCUACUCGUCAUUGCUUGGUAGUAAAUUUUCGGCGUUAUGGUAUGCGGAGCUUGUUCCGGGGCAGUUGGAUGUUAGUAGUUCGUGCGAUACCUGUAAAUGCGGCCACGUUUCUAGGUUACGAAUAUGCUUUGGAAUGGGGACAAAAAUAUCGCGACUUUUAUAUGUAAUGAAUGACUUGUUAAGGCAAACUUGAUAAAAUUUCGAAAACUGAAAAGUAUUUAAAAUCAUCAUCGCAUUGGAUUUAAAUAUUUAUUAUAUUUUUUAAUUCACUUUUAAAGACAAAACCUGAAAGUUGUACGUAUAUGGAAACUAUUUAUAUAUAUUUAGGUUUACCGUUUAACAACUAAAAUAAAAAAAUUAGUUAAAUUAAUUUAAAGAAAGCAAUUUUACGAUAAUAUUUCACUCAAAAUGUUAUUUAAUUGCUGUUCUAAGAACCCUUGGGUGAGGAAGACGGUAUUUCAAUAUAAGUGAACCUAUGCAACUGUUUCUAAAUUCUAGACAAUAGAAGACAAGUUUCGUGUUUUGUUCUGUACGAGUUGAUUUGUCAGACAAGACUAGGAAGUCGUUAGCAUUAAACGUGAGAAAUAGAAGAAAAGGAAAGAAAAGAAAGUAAGAAAGCAAGCUCAGAAACAAAUGAAAUUAUGAUCAAGCUUUCUUAAUGCCUUAGUCUCAAUCCCUAGGAUAUAGUGCCGAAAAUAUUUGACAUAGAUUUGUCGUGUCUGUCUAUAGAUUUGCUUUUGCAUUUACGAUCCUAAUCAGUUUGUAAACAUUUUUCAAUUUAAAGGUUACCCAGUUUUCUCUAUGUCCUAUUCUAAACAUCAGCUAUACCUAGACUUUAUAGGCAUUCAUAAGCAUUUGAAGGUUUACAAGAAGACGCAACUAAACGAAAAACGGGGAAAACACGUUAAAUUCGGAAGACAAAUAAAAAAUGGUCUUUUCAAAGUGUCGCUAGAUAUACAUGUUCCCCAUUUUUCAGGCAAUUUGUAGAUACCACGUCAGUGAGAAUUUUCCCCUUUGCUGCGAAGUAUUCAUCGAGUCAUUCUUGUAGCAUCUUCGCAUGAGUAAGUCCAGCAAACAAAUGAUAAUCGGAAGGAACCAAGUCGGGAGACAAAAGCAACGUGACCAGAUGAGUGUUUCCAGCCUGUCGCAAAACGAUUUUCCAAUAUGGUUCGAUGAAUGAAUGUCAUGUAAAAAAAUGAUCUUUUGUUGCUCCUUUUGAUAUUUUGGUCGUUUUCUAGAUAGCGAGCGGCUUUAAGAGCAUCGUCAAGCAGAGAGCAUCGUCUUCUUGUUGAAGCGAGCACCUUUUGCAGUCGCUCUGGAUAAUGCGCUUGGGUCUACCCAUGACCUUUUGUUCUUUGGGUUCUCAAAAUAAAAAUCAAUUUUUCAUCCCUAGUAAUGGUACGAUCCAAAAACAACUUUAGUAUAAAAUUCGACACUUUGAAUGCAAGAAAAGAUUGCUAUUCAAAUACUUUUUCCGUUUAUCAAUUUCGCUUAUUUAACACUUGUUGAUGGUAUAGCAGACAGUCGUAUAUGCAAAAUCUCUAUUCUAUUCUACAUAACGCCUUUGCGUCCCUCCGGUCUGUUUCUCUAAUCCAUAGUGAAUAUUUAUUAUUUGUAAAAGGACGUCGGUACCUAUUGCUGACUUGAAAAGAUGUAAGCACAUCCCUUGCACAAAAAUACUUGUACUUACUUACGUUACUUUUGGUCUCAGAUUAUGGAUAAAUAAAAUCAAGAGAAAUAUAGUUUUUAAGUUGUUUUCAAUAGGUUUUGUUCCCUUAAUUCUAACUCUUUUGUACAUUUGAAUGUGAAGAUUUGGAGUUGAAGCUGGGAAAACCCAUUAAACCUAAGUUAUCCUAAAUGGGGCCUUUAAAAGUAGGCAACAAAUUUUCUCAUUUUAUCUCUGUGAAGUAGAAAACAAAAACAUGCAUUCGUUUUCCUUAAGUCGUGUCAAGUAAUAAUCUCACCUAAGCUUAACAUGACCACAGUUCCAACUAUACAAAAAGACACAUGACAAAUUUAUAUGUGUAGAGAACCACAUCCCAAAUGUUUCUCUUGUUCGUUUUUAUAUUAACUUCUUACAUGAUUCUUGUCGGGGUGAGUGUUAACGGAUCGACAAUUUUCCCAGUAAAAGUUUAGAAGGUCUUCGCAUAUAUUUUCAUUAAUAUCUGCGAUAGAUAAGAAAUUGAUGUAAGCAGUGACUUUUGUUUUUAAUGGGAGGGAUUUGAAUGGAUUCUUAUUCUUAAAAUAGGUCCUUAUGUGAGGUCAAAAAGUCUAGUUUUUGGUAUGUAACGGGGAAAAUAAAUGAAAAAUGCUAUAAGGUCAAGCAAUAUAAGGCAUUUAAUGAUGAGCCACAUUCGAAUAAAAUAUUUUUACCUAUGUUUUUUUUUGUAGACGAAUUUUUAAAACAAUUAUUCCAUUUUUAGAGCAAACUAUAUGGUAUUAUCCCUUAAGAUGCUGAAGAAAAAUAACAAUAUAAAAAAUUUUGCUUUAUGACGCAACGUUGUGUGUAACUUUUCUACAGAAAUAUAAUUAAAUUAUUUGUGAAGCAAUUGGAAGAAAGGGAGAAGCUUAACACUAAUACCCACCUGCACGAAGAAUGUUUAACAUUUAUUGCAUGAAGAAAAGCCCAAGUAUGCGUAAGGAAAUGACAGAAACAUUUUUAUUUU